UCUUGUAUUCUCAGGAGGCCGCACUCUAGCGCCACGGCCUGACCGACCCGGGCCUAGUCUUAGACAUUCUACUUGUUUGCAAUCUUGUAUCUGCUGCUACCGAAAAUCCUUUCCCAUUUAAUCCUCAGGCACUCUUCCUCUUGUUUAGCCUUCUCUUCUCCUGGUGACAUCCAUUGUUGUAGCGCUCGUAUUCGUCUUGCUGCUCUAGCACGUCCUCUUCCUGAUACCCCAGCGCCAUCUCCAUAUCCGCAUUAAACAUCUUCAUUUUCCCCUUGCUUUUUUAUUUUUUGUUCACUUGGUCAUUCUCUCUAUCCCCAUCUCCAUCUGUACAUUUUCUACACUUGUUGUUGCAGUCCCUCCCUGUCCCAUCACCAUGCCGUCCUCAACAACACCCUUGACUCUAUGGAGACUCUUGCAGCAAGCUGAGCAAACUUCCCCGGACAAGGGCUUUGAAUAUUAUGACAGCUCUGCCCCGAAUCCCAAGGUCGUCGUUUCAUAUGGAGAAUUGAUUACAACUGCCACGAACAAUGCGAAGCGUCUUGUUUCCGCCGGACACCUCAAGUCCGGCCAGAUUGUCGGCCUCUACUUUACCAAUCAUCGCGAUAAUGUCGAGUGGUGCUGGUCCAUCCUAGCGGCCGGCGCUGUCCCCUUCAUCAUCAGCCCUCUUUCCCACGAUGCUACUACACUACAAGGACAGCUUGGCAACCUGUCGCAAACAUUUGAGCAGCCAACUGUAUUCACGGCAGCAAAAUCAUUGCCCAUCUUUGAGGAUCCUCAAGGAAUCAAUGUAAUUUCCGUGGAAGGAAUCCAUCGCGAUGAUGCCGCUGAAUCCCAAGUCGUCCUACAGCCUGCAGUAGAUGACCAAGACUUGGCUAUUAUCCUUCUCACCUCGGGGAGCACUGGCCAUUCCAAGGGAGUCAGAUUCACACACACUCAGCUUAUAUCAUCAGUCAAAGCCAAGACGAGCUUUCACGCAACUACAUCCGACACCAAGUUUAUGAGCUGGACCACUUUUGACCACUCUGUAAACUUUUGCGAAGUUCACUUGCAGGCCAUGUAUGCUGGCUCACCCCAAAUCCUCGUCGCGACCGCCGACGUCGUCACUCAGCCAGACCAGUUCUUCCGUCUACUGAGCACACACCGCAUCGCAUACACCUUUGCACCCAACUUCUUCCUGACCACCAUCACUGAAGAAUUUGACCCGGCCAAUAACAAUGACGAAAUUGACCUUGGUGCGCUGCGUGUCUUGCUCAGUGGUGGUGAAGCAAGCCGCACGGCCACGCUCGCCAAGACGGAUGGCAUCCUCCAGCUCCUCAAGGCGCGCAAGAACUGCAUCACAUCCGUUUAUGGCUUGAGUGAAACCUGCUCUGCCGCCUUUUACAACACAGCCUGUCCCGAAUAUGAUGCUGAGCACGCAUAUGUCUUUGCGUCUGUCGGCAAACCGCUUCCGGAGGCCAUUACCAUGCGCAUCGUCGAUGACCAGGGCGUCGCCGUAGCAGCUGGAAGCGCUGGUGCCAUCCAGCUUCAAGGCCCAAUGGUCUUCCCCUCCUAUCACAACAAUCUUACUGCCACCCAAGCCUGUAUGACAGCAGACGGCUGGUUCGAUACCGGCGACCUGGGCAUUGUCGACGCUGGUGGCCAUCUGUCCAUUGUCGGCAGAAAGAAGGAAGUCGUCAUCCUCAACGGCAACAACUAUUCCUCCUUCGAGAUUGAGCAUGCCAUUGAGUCGAGCGAUGUUCCGGGCCUCAAUAUGUCGUACACGGCCAUCUUCCCCAUUUACAACGAAGCCCGUGGCAGCGAAGGCAUUGUCGUUGUCUUCAACCCCACCGAUGAUCAGACAGCGCCGUCUGAGGCCAUUGAUGCGGCUUUGUCUGCUAUUAACCAGGCACUUAUUCGCGUCUGCUCACAAAAAGCCUUGGAAAUCAUUCCUCUACCCAGAUCGGAACUUCCUAAGAGCACCAUUGGCAAGCUGAGCCGUGCUAAACUUAGAACGGCGUUUGAGAAUGGCCGCUUUGACAAGUACAGAAUCGCAGCCCCGGCGGAGGAGGAUGAGUCGCUCAAUGAUGAUACCGCUGAUUUGAAUCUGUCUGAACUGGGCCACCAGGCUUUGGACAUUUUUGCCGCCCACGCCAAAGUGCCCAGGCGAUUGCUUGCUACCCCGAAUGGGCUUUUCAACGCUGGCGUUGAUAGUAUUGGCUACAUGCGCAUCAAGAAGCAGCUGGAAGCUCUGCCUUCUGUGGAACAUGAAAUCCCACUGGCUGUAGUCAUGAGUACAAGCUCCAUUGAGGGGCUCGAGGAUGCUCUGCAUACUCUCAGCAAGGCACCCGCCGUCUACGAUCCCGUAGUUCCUUUGGCUUCCUCCGGCAGCAAGCACCCGCUCUGGUUGUUCCAUCCUGGUGGUGGCGAGACGCUCUGCUGGGUGCCUUUGAUCCCCUAUUUGACCGAUCGACCUCUCUAUGCUCUCCGAGCAAGCGGCCUGAACAAAGCAGAGCCCGUUGUCGAAUCCCUAGAGGACAUGCUCGACUGCUACGAGGCCGCCAUCAAGAGGAAGCAACCUCAGGGUCCGUACGCGUUUAUGGGCUACUGUUUUGGCGGCAUGUUGGCCUUUGAAAUGGCCAAGCGCUUUGAGGCUAAGGGCGAGGAGAUGUGCUUCAUCUCAGGCAUCGACACGCCGCCUCGAAUGGGCACCGAAAUGGGUGACAUUAGCGGGCGAACCAUUUUGGUUCACUUCUUGCCCGCAGCCGCUGGCUUUACUACCGAAGCUGCAACCAAGUUUGCCGAAGAAACGGAUCAUCUGAGUGAUGAUGAAUUCUUCAAUGCCAUUUGCGACAGACUGGGCCCCAAGCUCCUCAAAGAGAUGGAAAUCAACCCUGUCUGGCUCGCGCGAUGGGCCAAGGUUGAAGACACGAUGCGCGGCUUUGCCAAGGCGUACGAACCUUUUGGUAAGGUUUCGAUGCUUGAUGUCUUUGUCGCAGACGCGCUUCCUGCGAUGAAAUCAUACAAGAUCUGGCGAUCGCACAUCAUGCCGGGCUGGGCCGACUUUGUCGAGCCGGGCGAUCAGCUCAACAUUCACAACAUUGCUGGCGACCACGAUUCGCUGAUGAAGGAGCCGCACAUUGCCGUCUUCGGGGAUGUCUUGAAUCAGGCGCUGACAAAGAGAGGCAUUUAAAGGAAGACAUUGGUUAUAAUUUGCUCACUAGGUUCGGUGCGAAUUCGCCUUCAGUCUCAAUGAUCAGCCAUGCAAGUACGGUACCCCCUCUGUUACAUUUUGGCUGUACGCAUUGAUGCUAUUACAUUUUACCACGUUAUAUCUUCUAGAACAUAUUUCAAGCUUAUAGUACCAAGUAAUUUUCAUUUUCAAAAACAUAUAAAUUUUGCUUAUUUGAUGUCACUCCGUUGUUACAGUUAUACCGUAUUUACUAGAGUCAAACUUCUCCAGGCUCGGUAUACUCUCCGCCCAACCAUCUUGAAUCUCUCCCAGCUGCCAAUCAUUGCCAAUGUUAAACAUACUUGUCCGCCCUGCUAAAACAGAGUCGACCUUGGCUUCAUACUCAGUGGCUAGUGCGGGGUGCGGCACCCAAACCACCCGCAUCCCAGCCCGUCUACCUGCUUCUACGCCAGGUAUACUGUCCUCUAUGACAAGGCAUUCGCUAGGCAGGAUAGGAUUUUCUUUCAAACCUUCACUGCUGUUCAAUGCCUCCAGGGCAAUUUUAUAGAUGGCUGGAUGUGGCUUUGCCUGGCCCGGCGGCAACCGCACAUCAUCGCCUAGGAUGCGCCUAUCUGAUUGAAAGCAAUCCAGUAGUUGCUUUGUGUCAGGUCGCGAUGUUUUCAGGGCAUACGAUGAACUCUUCGUGGUAGAUGCCAAUGCCAAUUGGAUUCUCUCUCCUGAGACAAUGCUGCAGGCGUGAGAGAGAUUUGCGACUAGAGCUCGCGCACCAGGCAGUGGCUCACACUGUGGAAAGAGGGCGUGCAUGCGUGAUCUAAGCUCGCUGGCGGAUGUUUCGCGAGAGAUGGGCAGUUUAGCCCAAUUAUGAAACCAUUCGCUGUCAGAUGACCCUGCAACACCCAUAAGCUGGGCUCGGAUCUGUUGGGUCAAGAGCGGUCGGCCAUAAUGCUCAAGGUGUUCGUUAAUCGCCUGAGUGAUAAUGUCCUCGGAGUUAAUAAGUAGCCCAUCCAUGUCAAAUA